UUCCUGCUGAUAUGUCAAGCACUCUAUCACCUACUGGUUUUACAAGCACUGCAGUCACUACUGGUCCAUCAGUCACAGCUGGUCCAUCAAACACAACAGGAGACACUCAUCUGUCAGUUACUUUGUCACCUAAUGGUCCCAUACUCUCUGCAGUUCCUACUCAGAAAUCAAGCACAACUGCUCCUCCUAGAACAUUAAGCACAGCAGACCUUGCUCAUCCAUCACACACUGCUCCCUAUGGCCAUUCAAGCACUGGGGAUCCUACCAAUCAUUCAAACACAACAGCUCGCACUGAUCCCUCAAUCACUGCAGUUUUAACUAAUCAAACAACCCCAACUGUUGCAUCAAGCACUACAGUUCAUAUUGAGCGACCAAGGACAACUGUUCAUACCGGAACCUUGACCACUGCAGUUCCUACUGAUCAUUCUAACACAACUGCUCACACUGAUUCCUCAAUCACUGCAGUUUUAACUAAUCAAACAACCCCAACUGUUGGAUCAAGCACUACAGUUCAUACUGAGCGACCAAGCACAACUGUUCAUACUGGAACCUCAAAUACUGCAGUUCCUACUGAAUUGUCAAUCACACCUGCCCCUACUGCCUCUUUCAUCACUAAAGGUCCUACCAAUCAAUCAGCUGAUCCUCCUGGUCCCUUAUCCAGUGAAGUACCUACUGGUUUUACAGUCACAACUGUUUCCUCAAUCACAGCAGAUCAUACUGAUCCAUCGAGCACUGCUUUUCCUAUUGGUACCACACAUCCUGCAGUACCUACUGAUCAGUCAAGCACAACUAUUCCUCUAGGCCUUUCAAGCAGUGCAACUCUUCCCAGUCUAUUAACCACAAUAGCUCCUACUGAUCUGUCAAACAGCACUGUUCCUAAUGACCCUUCAAGCAUCUCAGCUCAUACUGAACAAUUAAGCAUGACUAUUCCUAUUGGUCCCUCAACUACUCCAGUUCCAACUAAUCUUUCAAACACAACUGUUCUGCCAGGCUCUUCCUCCACAGUGACAACCUAUCCCUCAAGUACAAUUAUUCUGCCUGCUAAGAUGAACACCACUGUCUCAACUUAUCCGUCAAGCAAAGCCAUUUCUUAUCAUUAUCCAAAUACUACAAUUUCAACCAAAACACCAAACACAACUGCUCCAGUUGGGCAUUCAAACAAUGCAGUUCAUACUGUUUUAUCAAACACAACUAUUUCUGCUGGAAUGUCAAGCAGUGUACAUCAUACAGAUGUUUCAAACACAACUGUUCAAUCUGGCACUACAGUGUCUGUAUCCAGUGCAGCUGGUAAACAUAUCACCACAUCUGUAAUAUUUUCAAACUCAACACACUCUAAAGUCACCUCUUCAACCACAUCUUCACUUCAAACCACUCAUCUAUCAACUAAAGCCUCCACAGGUUCAGCAGUCCAGGGCGAGGGAUUUGUUAUUCUGCAGAUCCGUUUACAGAGACAAUACAUUGAUGCUUACAAUAAUCCUGCUUCUAUGGAGUACCAGAUUCUGUCCAUAAACAUCACUAUUGAGCUCAAUCGAAUCUACCGGGAAAUUUAUGGGACCCGCUUCCUCAGAUGCUUCGUGAUAAGAUUCUGGCCUGGGUCAGUGGGUGUGGAUACAGAACUUAUCUUUAAAAACCAGACUGUGCUACCAAAUGCAACAAGCAUUGCAGAAUCUCUAAAGACAGCAAUUGCUGAAUCAAAAGUGUUCCUUGUCGUGAUUCCUUCCAGUAUUAUUGUUGUGGAGCAGCAAGAUUCAACUUCAACCACCAGGCAAACUCAGACAUCACAAAGUGUUCCUAUAAUGCAAACAUCUUCUGCUGUUGCACCGGCUUUGUCUAGUAUAUUCAUGCUUCUGCUUCUGCUAUGGAAUGAAACACUGUAAUUCUGCAAAGCUUUUCUCCAUGUGUCACAUUCAAACCUACAAUUAAUAUUGUGAAAACUCUAUUAUCUUCUAUAGUGAUACAUUACUCUUGGUUUCAUGUAAUGAAAAUUGUGAUUAACCUGAUACAUGCAAUAAUUAUUCUUCAGGCAUUUCUUGGGAAUUUCAGCACCUAUAACACAAUAACUUGCAUUCUGCAUUUUCUUUUCUUCGUUUUAAAUAAAAAUAC